GCAGGAACCAUAUGCCCACAUCUGCCAAACAGAUUCUGCAGACCACUGAAAAACUGAUGGUAGAGAGCAUUGCUCAGAAGCUGGCUACAAGUAACUUACCUUUUCCUCCCCUUUGCUCCCAAGAAAGAAAACUCAAAUCUUUCUGCAAAGAGUUCACAGGUGAUUUAUUCUUGAGAAGGAGCAAGAUGGAUGAAGUAUACCACAUCUCUUCUACUGAGAAGGUCCAGCAGCUGGAAAGAGAACUAGCAGCACAGCUGGCAGAGCUGAAGGCACAAAUAGAAGACAAUGGGGUACUUCAGGGAACACCAAACAGGGCAUACAGCUCUGUUCCAAUUCCAAAAGAUGCAACUUAUUUCAGAAAAGAAAGAGAGAGAAUACUGAAGAGAAUCUUACAGGUAGGUAGCUAAAGCCUACAUCAGCUUAAAAAAAUCUCUUUGCUCUUAGAAUCAUAGAACAGUUUGAGUUGGAAGGGACCUUUAAAGGGCAUACAGAGACACCCACAGCUAGAUCAGGGAGCUCAGAGCCCCGUCCAGCCUAGCACUGAAUGUACCCAAAGAUGGGGCAUCUGCCACCUCUCUGGGCAACCUGUUCCAGUGCCUCACC